AUGGUGCUGGAUGUCGCCACCAAAGACCGCCUGCGGCAGCAGAUCGAGUUCUACUUCAGCGACAGCAACCUGCCGCGCGACAAGUUCUUGCAGGAGACGGUGCGGGGCGACCCCGAGGGCUACGUGGACAUUGCGCUGCUCUGCAUCUUCUCCCGCGUACGCGCCCUGCUCAAGUCGUCUGUGAGCGACCCGGCGGCGGUCAAGGACGCCACCGUGGCCGACGUGGCCGACGCGCUGGAGGCAGCAGACAGCCUGGUGCUCAGCGACGACCGCAAGCGAGUGCGGCGCGCAGCCGCGCUCAAGGGCGCAGAGGAGGGUGACACCUCUGGCACGGUGCGGUUUGAGGGCGCCAGCCAGGCGCAGGCGGCGCUGGGCAAGGCGGAGGACGGGCGCAUGCUGAUUGCGGGGUACAGCGCUGCGGUGCGGGUGCUGGAGGGGGAGGAGGAGGAGGCGUUCAUGAAGAGGCGGGCGGCCGCGCAGCGGGCGGCGGCGCAGAAACGCAAGGACAGCGGCGGGCGCGGCGGGCGGGGCGGCGGGCGCGGCGGGCGCGGCCGCGGCAGCGGCAGGGGCGGGCGGGGCGGGCGGGGCGGCAAGCGCGGCAGGCACAACUGA